UUGUAUGUAUAGAUUUUUUUGUUAUAACCGGAACAAAGUUUCCCUGGUAGCGGUAUUUUUUAAACAAGAGUAGCAAACUUAGCGGAUCGGCCCUGCUUGUUGGUGUGGUGUGCCCCUUUGGACUCGCAGUUAAUCAGUUGUAAUCCUCCCUGUGCUGGGAGACUUUGCGGCUGGGGUUUUAUUCUCCCUUAGUCAUCGUUGCAUAGCCUGACUUUUCCCCCAAAGAGAGGAGACAAAAAUGUGCUGGGGACAGAGCGGCAGGAUGUCGUAGACGAAUGCCCAGGGCCCAGAGAUGCCGGCGGUCCAGCGCGCGGAGAGGAAGAGAAGAAAGGGUGAUUCUGCUGCCCCUUCCUCCAUGCCUGCAGUUCCAGGCCCUGAGCAGGUGAAGCAGAAUGAGUUCAUGACGUCUCUGCGCAUCUCUGUGGGAGGGCUGCCGGUGCUCUCUUCCAUGACCAGCAGCAUGGACUCACGCUUCCGCCUGCGCUGGAGGGCCAUCGUCGCCGUGGUAGUGGGGCUGACGCUGGCCCUGCUGCUGUACCUGCAUUGGGCUGCAGGGGGCGCGGGGGCGUGGCGCCACUCGUCGCACGGCGACGGCCGCGGCUGGCGGGGGGGCCGCGGCGGGGCAGAGGGGGCGGGGGAGCGCUACAACGACACCUACCCCCUCAGCUCCCCUGAGCGCACGCCGCUGGGGGUCCGAUACCGCAUCGGCGUCAUUGCUGACCUGGACACGUCCUCGCGCAGCAACAAGGACCUCACCUGGUUCAGCUACAUGCGCCGGGGCCACCUGCUGGUGUCGGAGAGCGGCGACAAGGUGGCAGUGGAGUGGGAUGAGGAGCGGGUAGUGCUGGAGACCCACCUGGCCGAGAAGGGGCGGGGCAUGGAGCUGUCGGAGCUAGUGGCCUUCAACGGGCGGCUCUACAGCGUGGACGACCGCACGGGCGUGGUCUACCACAUCGAGGGCAGCAAGGCCGUGCCUUGGGUCAUUCUGCCCGACGGCGACGGAUCCGUAUCUAAAGGGUUCAAAGCGGAGUGGCUGGCCGUGAAGGACGAGCACCUGUACGUGGGCGGCCUGGGGAAGGAGUGGACCACCACCACGGGGGAGGUCGUCAACGACAACCCUGAGUGGGUGAAGGUGGUGGGUUACCGGGGCGACGUGAAGCACGAGAACUGGGUGCCCCAGUACACCGCACUGCGGAGCGCGGCGGGGAUCAACCCCCCAGGUUACCUCAUCCAUGAGUCGGCGGCGUGGAGCGACACUCUUCAGCGGUGGUUCUUCUUGCCGCGGCGCGCCAGCUCCGAGCACUACGACGAGACGGCGGACGAGCGGCGUGGGACCAACCUGGUGCUCAGCUGCUCACCCAGCUUCCAGGACAUCACGGCCAGCCGGGUGGGCUCGCUCAACCCCACCCACGGCUUCUCCUCCUUCAAGUUCGUCCCGGACACCGACGACCAGAUCGUGCUGGCGCUCAAGUCCGAGGAGGAUGCCGGCAAGAUCGCCACCUACAUCCUGGCUUUCACUCUGGACGGCCGGAUCCUGCUGCCCGAGACCAAGAUCGGGGACGUCAAGUACGAGGGGCUGGAGUUCAUCUAGCGGGGCGAGGACGUUUUGGAGAAGAAGGCAGGGGGGCGAGGGGCGAGGGGUGGGCAGGGCGGGGCGGGGCGUGAUUUCAAGUCCAGUGCCCCCAGGACAGAAACUCACCUGCAGUGGCUGGCCUGGCAGAAGGAUCUCAUUGGUUCCCCUCCUUCGGCCCCUCCCCCUCGGUGACAUUGCAGUGCUCCCCCCCUAAGACUCCUGUCCGGCGUUGUCCUCAUGCACAGCCUGCUGCUGCAGUCAAUUGCUGCGCUGACGAAUGCAGCGUGAACAAAUGGGAAAAAAAACUGACCAGUCGAAUAGAACGAGGAGGAAGUACUGUCUAUAGAAGGACACACUGAAUACCAAUCAAACAGACUUACGACCAUGCCAUGUACUGUACUUCCAGAAAAAUACAGAAUAGAUCAUAUGAAAUUACCAG